UGUGCCAUCUGGAAAUUAGCGGCUAUAUAUACAACACCACUUUCAAAGUUGGACUACUGCUGGAGUGUUGAUAUAUAUAUUUUAAAACGCAUGUGCACACACACACACAUACACACGCUCUCAAACUACUAUAUAGACUCACGCCCCAGUGGAGCGCCCCAACCACAAAGUCAACUAGUUUGUCAACUAUAUAGUAUCGUGGAGGUUAACUGGAGUAAGCAUACUUCGCACUGGAGUAGCCUCAAAACCUUUGUAAUUUGUCGAUAAUAUGAGGAUUCGCGUCAAAAAAAAAAUGCUCUGGACGUGACGACUAGUUGAGUGACGUAUAUUUAGUGCGACUCUGCAUCCGAUUAUUUACUCAUAAAGGACAGUCAGCUUUUUCAAACAUAUUUAUCAAUUGCUUUCCAAAUUUAAGUUACUGAACUUGGAAAUAAUCGGAAUUUGUCGCUUGGAAUAACAGAUUUUUUUUUAAAUAUAAGUGAGAAGAAACAUAAAUAUACUAUCAUGGCUAUGAAUGAUGCAAGACUUGAUAUGUAUGACGAUGGGAUAUCUGCUGUUGACCCCACCUACGUACAGGGAGAAAUGACUGUAGGUCCAAAUACAAGGAGUCAAGCUAGUCUUGGAGAUGCUGAUUUCAGUACACUGGAUGAACCUAUUAGGGAAACUAUUCUCAGGGAUGUGAGAGCAGUAGGAAAAAAAUUCCUUCAUGUUUUGUAUCCCAAAGAGAAAAAGAGUUUAUUAAAAGAGUGGGACUUAUGGGGACCUUUAGUACUUUGUACAUUUAUAGCAAUGGUUUUGCAAGGCUCAUCUGAUACUGCAAAUGACUCCAAUGAUGGUGGGCCAGAGUUUGCAGAAGUCUUUGUAAUUGUUUGGAUUGGUUCUAUGGUAGUGACUUUGAACAGUAAACUCCUUGGUGGUAACAUAUCUUUCUUCCAAAGUGUUUGUGUUCUUGGCUACUGCUUACUACCAACAGCAAUAGCACUGAUUAUCUGCAGAAUUAUAUUGUUAGUUGAACAAACUACGUUCUUAUUUGUUUUGAGAUUUAUAAUUACAGUGAUUGGAUUUGCAUGGGCAACUUAUGCUUCAAUGGCAUUUCUUGGAGAUAGUCAACCACCUAACAGAAAAGCUUUGGCUGUCUAUCCAAUGUGUUUCUUUUAUUUUAUAAUAUCGUGGCUAGUUAUAUCGCAUACUGUGUAAAUUCUAAUGAAGUGAUGAUGAACUGUAUAAUGGUUGAGCACAAAAUUGUAAAAACAGUAUGGAUAAGAGUAAAGUCAGCACAGUGCCCUCACAGGGAUUCAUGAAACAUUAUACUUAACUCAACAGAUAAUUCAAUUAUAUAAAAGAAAACGGUGGCGUUUGUCUACUGGUCAAUUCGUAAUGUUGCUGUAUGACUGAUUUGUAUUGUGUGAGCAUUUUGCAGUGAAAUGUGAUAACAGAUUUUUUAUUGUAUUUUUAUGCUCCAGAUUAGUGACAGUAUUUAUUUUUUCUUACAAGAAGAAUAUGAGACUUGCAGUGAUUUCAAUAUUGGAAUAUAAACGCAAUCCAUAUAUAUUUGAAUUAUAAAUCUAAUUACACACUUGCCUUUGACUAUUUGUACAUAUUAAUUCAUAAGAAAGGUGAUAAUUUCUCGGUGACAAAACGUUAUAACAAUCGAGCAACCGUAAAAAAGUUU